AAAAUAGAUAUUUGAAUUUACCGCCCAGUGAGAUGCAUCAUGGGAAACCAGCCAUUUUCCCUUCAAAACUGUUCCUCACUUCCAUUGUGUGAACCCAGUAAAUAGUGACAAGAACAGAGCAGUGAGGAGCUUCUUCGGUUUGUUUCCUAUUUUGUCAAGUGAACUCAAGACGCCAUGGCCCGUACCAAGCAGACUGCCCGUAAAUCUACAGGAGGUAAGGCUCCACGUAAACAGCUGGCCACCAAAGCUGCCCGCAAGAGUGCCCCCUCCACUGGUGGUGUGAAGAAGCCCCAUCGUUACAGGCCCGGAACUGUGGCCCUGCGUGAGAUCCGUCGGUACCAGAAGUCCACCGAGCUGCUGAUCCGCAAGCUGCCCUUCCAGCGCCUGGUGAGAGAGAUCGCCCAGGACUUCAAGACAGACCUGCGUUUCCAGAGUGCGGCCAUCGGAGCUCUGCAGGAGGCCAGUGAGGCGUACCUGGUGGGCCUGUUCGAGGACACCAACCUGUGCGCCAUCCAUGCCAAGCGUGUCACCAUCAUGCCCAAAGACAUCCAGCUGGCACGCCGCAUCCGCGGGGAGCGUGCUGGUGCCAUGGCUCGUACCAAGCAGACUGCCCGUAAAUCUACAGGAGGUAAGGCUCCUCGUAAACAGCUGGCCACCAAAGCUGCCCGCAAGAGUGCGCCCUCCACUGGUGGUGUGAAGAAGCCCCAUCGCUACAGGCCCGGAACUGUGGCCCUGCGUGAGAUCCGUCGGUACCAGAAGUCCACCGAGCUGCUGAUCCGCAAGCUGCCCUUCCAGCGCCUGGUGAGAGAGAUCGCCCAGGACUUCAAGACAGACCUGCGUUUCCAGAGUGCGGCCAUCGGAGCUCUGCAGGAGGCCAGUGAAGCGUACCUGGUGGGCCUGUUCGAGGACACCAACCUGUGCGCCAUCCAUGCCAAGCGUGUCACCAUCAUGCCCAAAGACAUCCAGCUGGCACGCCGCAUCCGCGGGGAGCGUGCUUAAGCGACCCGACGCCCCCCCCCCCCCCCCCCUUCUCUCUCUCCUCUGUCUGUCGUCCCUCUCCUCUUCCUCUGUUCAAUCCAUCUUGGCCCUCCUUCCCUCUGUCUUUUGUAGUUGUAGUGUUAAUGGUGAUUAUUAUACACAAGAAUAAAGUGUGUAGUUGCGUGUGUCUCUUGUAGUGCUCUCGGCAGCAGACUCUUACGGUACUCUUUUGUGCAUGUACCUGUGUGUGUGUUGCUGAUCACGUCCACUUAGACACACACACACACACACACACGCACACAGCGGCAGGUCUUUUGCCCCUCGUAACUUUCAGAACGUUUGCUACAGCUGAGUUCUCUGAUGUUGAGAGGGGCUGGGGGGUGGGGGCGGAAUGUUACGGGUUGGAUGUGCUUCUCUGUAACAGCAGGAAGGUUCUAAGAAUCCUCUCUAAGUCAGGGGGGGUCAGGGCUCAUCUGCUUCGGGAGCAGAAACAUCUUCUGCAGGCCGCUCGGUGCUAGUCUGGAUUUCUUAACCUUACCAGAAAGCAUGCCAUGGCACAGCCGUGACUGCAGGGGUCUCUUGUUGCCGUGAGUGUGUGUGUGUGUGUGUGUGUGUGUGUGUGUGUGUGUGUGUGUGUGUGUGUGUGUGUGUGGAUGUCAGAUCAGCAACACAACAUUUUAUUCAGAGUCAGAGCAUCUCUUGAGCAAUUGUUUAUUUUAUUGCAAUAUUGACAAUUACUGUUAUUCCAUUGGUAUGUGUUCCCUGUUUUUGAUAUAAAGUACAUGCACAUGCUCCUUUCAUAAGACCCAAAACAUGUAAAGGAAAGAGAUGGAGCAAAUCUCAAAAGAUAACAUUUUUUACCAUUUUUUGACAAAGAAUAAAGAAAAUAAUACAAAAAAAAAAUGAUAAUAAUCAAGUUGUCUUUGUUUUACAAAAAAGACAACAUCUGAAUGAUCUUGGCCGCCACAGGGAGAGCAACAGCUUCAUUCCCUGUGCAAUUUGACAACACUUCUCCUAUUCUCCUCUCUUUCCAAACACUCAUUCGGUGGUGAAGUAAUUUGUGUUGCCAAACUCAUGCGUCCUGUAUAGUGGCAGGAUUGUGAAAGGGCGAUGUGAUGUGUGUGUCUCCUCACCGUAGCUCUCUGCUCCUCCCCUGCCUCUGGGCCAUGUGGUCAGGAGACUUCCGCAGGGAAUGUGGCAGCCCAACAUGCUGACUCAGCUGACAGACGUCACCUUGUGCACAGCGUGGUGAGCUGAUGAAAGUCACUGUGUUCAGUUUGAGGUGGUUGUUAUGGUUAUGGCUAGGCCUCAGAGAUCACCUUUACCCCCCCUGCUUUCUCUUUGUUUCACUAUAUCCUGAAUUACUCAGGUUGACGUGACAACCUUUUUAUCUAAUAACUUUAAUAUUUUAUCUGAAUUUGAUGAUUAUUUUGUUUUUUGUUUUUUCUUUUCUUUUGUUUGGAAAAAUGUUCCAAUGUUUAAAUAAGCUGAUCUUUGUUAAUUCAAAAAUUCUCAUAAAAGAUAGGUAAUAAAUGGAUGUCACAGUUGG